AUGGAUGAGCAAAUAAUAUCCAUUUAUGAUAUGCUUGUGGAGCGUCAUGACAAACAAAAGAAGGUUAUUCGAGGCAGAGAGUCUCGUCCGAAGUCUCAGCCGGAAGUCACAGGGAAAGACGCGAAGAAGCAAACCAAAACCAAACCGAGCAAGGGGAAGCAAUCCAAUGAGAAUCCGGUGAGUGAGCAGCAGCAGCAACUUAUAGAUCGCCGCCUGGCCAAUGUGGUGAAGGCUUCCAAUUUGAUACAAAAGCCGGGUAAUUCUGUUAUCAUUCCGGCGCCUACCAAGAAGGAAGUCCUUAACCAGUUGGUGGAGAAGAUGUCAUCCAAAGUGCGUAGUAUGCAAAGCAAAGUACUAAAACCAGAUGCACUUUCGGUCAAGCAAUCGGCCAGCUCUAAGACUAUAAUAAUCAAGAAGCCCAAGCAGAAGACUUAUCCAGACUCACGUUCAGCUCGUAGUAAUAAGCAGAAAAGAAGCAAGCGCUCCAGUAUGCCCAGUUCCGGAAAGAAGAACAUGACUCCAAAGAAGAAGGAUGAUAACAAUCAAAUGAAGAAGCAGCCAUUAGCUUCCUCAAAGCCGCCAACGUAUAGAUCCAAGCUCAAAGUCAGGACUCCCGUAAGCGGAUCAAGAAAGUCAAACAUGCUGUCCCAUAAGUCAAAGAUGUCCCUUAAAGAGAAGUCUGGCGUACAUCUAGCAACUCCUAUUGGUGCAAGCCGUUGGCGUGUCUAA